UCAGUGCAGUGCGUGUUCUCCUCCAGCAGGCGCCGCUGUGGGCGUGCUCUGAGCCGGAAGCGGAAGCAGCUGCAGUAUGAGCAGCAGUGGGGUCGCAGCAGUGAUGAUAUCGGUGAGGGCUUCAGUGUUCAGAAGGGUUUCAGAGGACAUCAGCAGCACACACUACCUGACCAACAGAUUCACUCUCCAGACGCAGCAGAGGUGUGGCUUCCGCAAAAUAACAAAGAGGGUGGAGCCAAAGAAGGGUGUGGCAGAAGAGGCGGAGCUAAAUGAAAUCCUCCACAAGAAGGGCGAGGCUCCUGCUCCAGACCCGCCCACCCCACAUGUACCCGCCAGGUCAUUUGGCAGACUGGUCAAACCAUUGGUCUUCACUAUAGGGUUUACAGGUUGUUCGUUCGGCGGAGCGGCGAUAUGGCAGUACGAAAGUCUAAAAUCUAGAGUACAGAGUUACUUUGAUGAUGUCAAAGCGGACUGGCUGGAGAAGAUACGGCCUCAGAAACAAGGCGAUUUGCACAAACAGGUGAGCAAGUGGUGGAACAGUUUAAGUGAUGGACAGAAAACAGUCACAGGCAUCAUUGCAGCGAACGCGUUGGUGUUUUUUUGUUGGAGAGUUCCUUCUCUGCAGCACACUAUGUUCAAGUACUUCACAUCUAACCCCUCCUCCAAGGCUCUGUGUUGGCCCAUGCUGCUGUCCACGUUCAGUCACUAUUCUCUCUUUCACAUGGCGGCCAACAUGUACGUGCUCUGGAGUUUCUCUUCGAGCAUCGUCAACAUGAUGGGCAAAGAGCAGUUCAUGGCGCUCUACCUCUCCGCAGGUGUGAUUUCUACGUUUGUCAGUUAUGUGAGUAAAACAGCGAUGGGUCGGUUUGGUCCAUCACUGGGGGCGUCAGGGGCCAUCAUGACUGUCCUCUGUGUAGAGCUUUUGUUUAGUAAUGAUGGCCACAUUCUCAUGAUCUUCUCCUGCCAACAGGCUCUUAAGGCCCUCGUCGCCUUGGAUACCACAGGCUUGAUUCUGGGAUGGCGUUUUUUCGAUCACGCAGCUCAUUUAGGUGGAGCUUUAUUCGGCAUCUGGUACAUCAUUUACGGUCACGAGCUCAUUUGGAAGAACAGAGAGCCGCUGGUGAAGUUGUGGCAUGACUUCAGAACGAGAGGACCGGGCGCUGGUGGCACCGGCUCGAUAUAGAGCCUUGCAUCAUGGGUAGACACUGAGCAGGUGACAUGGAGAAAAACACAAGACUGAGAAAUGGACACAGAUAUUCAUGCACUUGAAGCUCAUAUUGUGUUGAUUGUUCUGUGAGAGAGUCAUAGAGUGAGGUCCGUUUCAGUCACAGUGAGUAACGGUAGUACUGCUGUGAUGUCAUUAUGCUCCGCCUCCGAUUUAAAAUUUGAGUCCAAGUAGCUCCGCCCCCUCUUGGCUAGAAAUGCAAAUGUAUCUAAAGGGGCGGAGCUUCGGCACACAGCUCUGAGGUCGCUAUAGGUCUCGGUGACAUUUGACACAAUGUACAGAAACUUAAAUGUUUAAAAUAGUCUGUGACUGUCAUUUUGAAAAAUAAAAUGAUUUACAAAAAUCUGUUGUUAGAAAUGAUCAGGUGUCAGCUUUUGUUUUAUUUGCUAUAAUUGUUUGCUAUAAUUUGCUAAAAAGUUUCAGAUGAGACUUUGGUCCUUGUUAAAUGUGAAUGAUUAACCAUGUUUCUCUAUAACACACACACACACACUCACCUGUGCUAUACGUCAGUAUAGAAACCGUUUCAGUGUUGUUUUCUCAGAUCGACCAAAGUUCAGUAACAGCCAUGGCAUCAUAAUGGCUCAUGAACAAUGAGUCUGUUUUUCACUUCCUCAUGUUUUUAUGAACUCAAUGUAUCGCUCGUCUCUUCCUGUUUCCCAGUUAUCACUCGUUAACUUCCAUCGCAUCAUUCUGUUCUUUCAUUCUGAGUCACACACGUCACUCGUUUUGCUGUCUUCUGGUUUUUGUUUAAUUAAUCACACAGUUUGGGUUUCAUGAAAAAAUGUCCAGGUCAUAUUUCACCCCAAAAAAAAUAUAUUUAGCUAA